CUGCCAUGCAUAAGCAGCAAUCUAUGAUCUUAGUGGAUAUCCAAACUCCAGGUGUACACAUAAAGAGACCACUUACAGUUUUUGGCUUUGAUGAUGCACCUCAUGGGCAUGCAGAAGUACUAUUUGAGAAUGUAUGUGUCCCAGCAAAGAAUAUUCUACUAGGAGAAGGACGUGGGUUUGAGAUUGCACAGGGUAGACUAGGCCCAGGAAGGUUGCACCAUUGCAUGAGACUGAUGGGAGCUGCUGAGCGUGGCAUGCAGAUAAUGGCUCAAAGGGCUCUUAGUAGAAAAGUUUUCGGGAAGUUGAUUGCUGAACAGGGCUCAUUUCGUUCAGAUAUUGCGAAGUGUCGAAUAGAGCUAGAGAAAACCAGAUUGUUGGUUCUGGAGGCAGCUGAUCAACUUGAUAGACUUGGAAACAAAAAGGCCCGAGGAACUUUAGCAAUGGCAAAGGUAGCAGCCCCAAACAUGGCGCUGAUGGUACUUGACAUGGCAAUGCAAGUGCAUGGCGCUGCUGGCUUGUCGUCCGACACUUGUCUGGCUCAUCUUUGGGCCACGGCAAGAACACUGAGAAUAGCAGAUGGUCCAGAUGAAGUCCAUUUGGGUACUAUUGCCAAGUUAGAACUUCAGAGAGCUAAACUCUGAAACUCUCAGGACAAAACUCCCACAAAACAAACGAGAUCCUUUUUUCCCCUAUAGGCAAAUACUGCAUCAAAACUUACAGUUGAUAUAUAGGAUCAAUAAUGUUGUGACCAAUAAUGUUACUUUUUUAAAAUUUCUAGGAUCAAUAAUCUCAUUGAUGUCAAAAUAAAUUUUAUGUAUAAGGAAAAACAGUUCAGAGGAGAAGUCUGCAGCCGAUCUAUUAAUGUACCCUCCAUGUUUCUCUCUUAGAUCUUUAUAGAAAUAUCAAUCUCAUUUUGUUUUAUUUGGAA